UGAGAAGUCACAUACACUACAGAGAGACAGACACGCUUGCCAGCAUAGAUGGCAGCCUGCAAACCACUUGGAUCUGGUAAAGAAUGCAGCUUUGUGGAUAAAGAUGAAAUCUGGAAAGUUCAUGUCAAAAUAGAGCUUCAGUCAGCCAAGGCCUGGCCCAAUAAAUGGGGAUUCUUGACCAAGUCCUACAAGGAGAUGCAGGAGGAGAGCAACAAGCUGAAGGACGUUGUCAAAUUGGAGCUUCCCCAACAUCUUAAAACACGACCCCCUACCCCACCUGAGAAAUACAUCCAAGUGGGACCCUCUCCCCCAGUUCCCCAGACCACCCAGGCUCAGAUUGGCUGGCGCUCGGCCGUGCCCGAGUUGCAGUUGGAGCGCUACGGAAAUGUCCAGUGUGGGAAGAAGAGCUUCCUGAAGGAGCUGGGCUGGGCCUUCGACGCCUGCAGCUGAAAAAAACCCUCUUCUGCCAUGACACCUACCUCCUAGGCCUUGGCGAUGCCGUGCACAGACUCAAUAUUGAUGACUACUCAAUAUAUGACUUUCCCUUAUCCCCUGCUCUUGUUUGUCUUUGUCCUCCUCGCUUCCUCCUUUUUGUACUCACAUACUCUUAAAUCCUAUGAAAUUAGCACUAUCAGCAUUUUUUAAAUAUAUUACUAAAUAUUGAUAAAUUCUCACUAAUCAAUACAAAAUACUAUUAAUCUGCUCUUAUUUACUUCUGUCUGUCUCACAUUUAAUUUCAACACAAAUAUUGCAUACUAUAUCCAACAAAAU